AUGAGCAAACACAGAGACAAGAAUUUAUCUCCACAAUCUUUAAAAGCCAAAAAGCUCCCAUCGAGGCAGCUACGAGGCCUUACAGUAAUACAAAUUUAUAUUCAAAUCCCUAAAAACUCUGAUGCUAAGUGCACUAUCUCCCUCCAUCUGCUGGCGGUCGUUGUGGCAAGUGGCUCAAGUGUGGCCGUCCACCCCCACCCCCCUCCCCCCAGCUACCACCCGACCACUUACAAACCCCACUACACUCCGGGAUACAACCCCCACCCCCACCCUUACUCCCCCGCGCCUACUUACAAACCCACGCCCACUUACAAACCCACCCCCACUUACAAACCCCUCUACACCCACACACCUGCCUACAAACUCAAACCAACACACAGGCCAAGCUACACCCCCGAGCCGGCCUACACUCCAGAACCGCCCUACCCUUAUCCCAAGCCACGUUACGAACCAGAGACCGACUACAAACCAGAGGAACCAUUUUACAAGCCAGUCUACAAGGUUGCCAAGCCGAAGACUCUGCACAAGCCAGCGUACAAGCAUGAACCUGAGUACCAUGAUGGCCCCUCAGAGUACGACUUCGGCUACGGCGUCACGGACGACCACCACGGCACCAGCUUCGGCCACUCGGAGAAGCGCGACGGCCACCGCACCGAAGGCCAGUACUUCGUGGACCUGCCCGACGGACGCAGGAUGAUCGUCAACUAUUAUUCCGACGAGACAGGCUACCACCCCACCAUCACUUACGAGGGCACGCCGACCUACCCCGAACCCCAGCCUGUUUAUAAGCCUGAGCCUCUGUAUACGGCUAAGCCUGUUUAUAAGCCUGAACCUUCGUACAAGCCAGUCUAUAAACCUGCCUACGGACCGACUUACAAGCCUGUGUACAAGCCUUCACAUCGCCAUGGGUCUCUUAGGUUCUAAGAAAGUCCUAUAUUAUUUGGCUUUUUAAAAUUUAUUUAGCAUAUUUAUCGGAAUUAAUCAAUAGGUGCUCGAACGGAACUCAAAUUUAUCUCAAUGAUUACGUCUCAAAAGAUUUAGUAAAAAAAAAAGAAAAAAAAAAGAAAAGAAAAAUAAAAUGUCCUAGUCAUAUUUCGGCGGAACUAAUACUCACAAAUAUAUAUUAACGCAUAAUUAAAAAGUAAAUUUAUAUAUCAUAAUAUAUAUAUAUAUAUAUAUA